AUGAAAAUAUUAGUCACCGGCUCUACUGGUUACUUAGGCGCACGACUCUGCCACGCCCUCCUCCGUCGCGGCCACUCCGUGCGCGCCUUGGUCCGCCGCACCAGCGAUCUCUCCAGCCUCCCUCCAGAAAGCGACGCAUUCGAGCUCGCCUACGGAGACGUAACCGACUACCGCUCGCUAGCGGACGCUUGCUCCGGCUGCGAUAUCAUUUUCCACGCCGCGGCUGUGGUUGAGCCUUGGCUCCCGGAUCCAUCUCCAUUCGUCUCGGUCAACGUUGGUGGACUGAGAAACGUAUUGGAAGCGGUUAAAGAGACGAAAACAAUCCAGAAGAUUAUCUACACUUCUUCCUUCUUCGCGCUUGGGUCUACCGAUGGAUCUGUUGCUAAUGAGAAUCAAGUUCAUAAUGAGAAGUUUUUCUGCACUGAGUAUGAGAGAUCGAAAGCUGCUGCGGAUAAGAUUGCGCUGAAUGCUGCGAGUGAAGGUGUGCCGUUGAUUUUGAUGUACCCUGGUGUUAUCUAUGGUCCUGGCAAGCUCACUUCAGGCAAUAUGGUUGCUAAAUUGCUAAUUGAGCGGUUUAGUGGGAGAUUGCCUGGAUAUAUUGGGUAUGGGAAUGAUAGAUGCUCUUUUAGCCAUGUUGAUGAUGUUGUGGACGGUCACAUUGCUGCAUUGGAGAAAGGUAAGGUUGGUGAGAGAUAUUUGCUCACUGGUGAAAAUGCUUCUUUCAAGCAUGUGUUUGACAUGGCUGCGCUCAUUACUGGAACCAAUAAACCGAGCUUUAGCAUUCCGUUGUGGGUCAUUGAAGUAUACGGAUGGUUAUCUGUUCUGAUCUCUCGGGUUACAGGGAAGCUUCCGGUUAUCAGUCCUCCGUCAGUGAAGGUGCUGAGACAUCAAUGGGCAUACUCUUGUGAGAAGGCUAAGCAGGAACUUGGUUAUAACCCUCGAAGCCUAAGGGAGGGAUUGGAGGAGAUGCUUACUUGGUUGAAGAGUUUGGGUCUCAUUCACUACUAA